AGCCGAAGAAGAAUCAACCCGGCUCCACCAAUGAAUGGAGACUGGGAGGAAACAUUGCUCUGCAGUUUUUCCCCUUACACCGCUCUCUCUUCCUGGCUGCCUCUGGUCUUGCAAACAACAUGGGGUUGUAGCUGUUAAAAUUUACUUAACUCCCCAACGAUUUCCACAGCUGGAAAAACCGGACCGACCACCGACUAGCUCUCCUCGGGUCGCUCCGCGGUUACUUUCCGGCGUCUAGAGCGCGCCCGCGUGUCUGUGUGUUGUGACCGGGAGUGGAUACAGAGAUGUCGGACAACGGUGGCUCGGCUGUCGGCCUGCUGUCUUACGAGACACUGGUUCAUGCUGUGGCAGGUGCAAUGGGGAGUGUGACGGCUAUGACCGUCUUCUUUCCUCUUGACACGGCCAAAAGCAGACUGCAGGUGGAUGAGAAACGAAAGUCUAAAUCCACCCCCGUCAUCUUGGCUGAGAUAGCAAAGGAAGAAGGCCUUCAGUCCCUGUACAGAGGUUGGUUCCCAGUCAUCUCCAGCCUCUGCUGCUCCAACUUUGUCUACUUCUACACCUUCAACUCCUUGAAGAAGCUGAUGGCUUCUGGUCCAGGAAAGUCCAGACCUGGCAAGGACCUGCUCAUGGGGGUUGUAGCAGGGGUGGUGAAUGUGGUCCUGACCACUCCCAUGUGGGUGGUCAACACUCGCCUGAAGCUGCAGGGGGUAAAGUUCAGAAACGAAGACCUCCAGCAGACCCAUUAUAAGGGCAUAUUUGAUGCUUUCUCACAGAUCAUAGCCAAUGAGGGCGUGGGAACUCUGUGGAACGGCACCCUGCCCUCUCUCAUCCUCGUCCUCAACCCGGCUGUACAGUUCAUGUUUUAUGAGGCCAUGAAGAGGAAGGCAGGCAAGGGAGGGAGGAAGAUAUCCUCAGCAGAGAUCUUUCUCAUUGGAGCCAUUGCCAAGGCCAUUGCUACCACUGCGACAUAUCCUCUUCAGACAGUUCAGGCCAUCCUGAGGUUCGGUCAGUACAGAGGUGACGGCAAGGGUGGUGUGAUUGGAAGCCUCUCAAACAUCUUCUCCCUGCUCAUGGACAGAAUCAAGAGGAAUGGUGUUCUCGGUUUGUACAAAGGCCUGGAGGCCAAGCUGCUGCAGACAGUGCUGACAGCUGCCCUCAUGUUUGUCGUGUACGAGAAGAUCACUGCAGCCACCUUCAAAGUCAUGGGUCUGAACAAGAAGCUGAAGCAGUGAACACACACCUACUCCAAUACAGCAUUAAUACACUUGUCAUCAGUAGGUUCUGUUAAUGCCAGAAAUGAUAUCAGUCACAUAAAAUGUAAUAAGAGAUGGGAUUGGUGCCUUUAGGCCUACAGAUUUCCACACUUGCCCAAACCAUGAAGAGGUAAUAUGUAUGAUACCCUCUCUCUUUUUUUUUUUUACCUUUAACUUGCUCCACCUGUGCAGAUUGACCUUGAUUAUCAGCACAAGUGAAUCUCUCUUGAUAUGGUGAUCUUACAGGCCUGCUUUCAUUUACACAUAAAGACCAAUGUCAUUACUUUCCAGAGAGAUUCACUGGCUUAUAAUUGAAAUAUCAUCUCACCAUGAAAUUUAAAAAAAACUGUCAGCUGAGAUUUUAAAACUAUUGGGGGGGGGGCAUCACACUAUUUUGUAAAGGGAAAGCUCGACAUUAGGGGAAAUAUGCUUAUUUGCUUUCUUGCCGAGAGUUAGACGGAGAAGGUUGAUGCCGUACCUGUGUCUGCACUUAAUAUGAAGCUUCCACCACGGCUGGGCUACCAACCAGUAAUAUGUGAUUUGAUAAACUGUAGAGGAGCUUGUAGGUGGAUUAUUUCUAACCUUUUGACAGAGCUGGGCUAGCCUCGUUGAAAUCUCGGCAAGAAAAGCAAAUACACAUUUUUCUGCCAAAAAACUGCUUCUGUAACAUCAUAGGUUUGCUGCAAAUGAUGAGACCAAUAAUAUGUUGCUUUGAUUUAAACCACUGUACCAUUCCUCACACACUCCUGUCUUAUGACUGUGAAAUUAACCAAGUGUGAUGUUCUUUAAGAUGUAAAUCUCAUGAAAUUCCCACCAUAUGAUGCAGAAGACGUCAUUAUUACACACAAAUGAGCAUUAUUAACAAAAAUGGUAAAAUUAUGGAAUUGUGUGUUAAAUCUGCACCUACUUUUCCAGCUUUGAAAGGUUUUGGUUUUAACAAUUCUAAUAUAUUAAGUUAAGGUGAAUUUAAUAUAAAUAGGAACGAGUACUUAACCCUACACUGAAAGUUUGAGAGUAAAUUUUACAUGUGUGAAAAUACUGCAGUAAGUGCCUCUACAUCAUAUCACAAAAAACUGUACUAUGAAUUGAUGUAAGUGCUGUGAUGACUGUUGAUGAUUUACACAAACCAUGAUGCACUGAGUCAGCCUUCAUGACUAUAUCGGUCAGUAAGAACAUUUAGUCCCACAGGUGUCUUCCGUUAUCUGUCUCUGUUAGUAGGGGGAGUCAGGGCUUGCAGUAAUUUACACUAUUUGUGCUCUUCCUAUUUGGUAAAUGGAUGUUUUCUGCUGUGUUUCACCUCAAAACCAUUUUACCGGUUGAUUCAUUGCUGUUGUUGCUGUUAAACUGAUGCUGCACAAGAGGCGUUGCCCUCGACACUGCUCUGUAACAUCACAUUUAGGAGAUCGCAGCCUUUUGACUGUUCAUUGUAUAGAUGAGUACAGGUGGUGUAGCCUAGUUGCAGUCAUGUAUGAUAUUAUUAACUGGUUUCAGACCUCUUUGCUGACUCAUGCACCUGCUGUCUGGAAGUGGUUAGUCAUGUGCGGAGAAGGAACCCAAAUCUGUUGAAUGUCAACAACAGCAAAGCCAGUGACACAUUCGAACAACCGUUACCAGACUACACCACAGAUAUUAAUUACGGUCUUCUUCAGAAAUGUUUUUAGUGCUUUUUUUCCAGUGAUAUCUUGUUUUCUAUCUCUGAAUGAACUUGACAUCGCUGCAAUGUUUUGUCUUAACAGUUUACAUGAAACUAUUUUUGUAACUGCUGAUGCAAUACUUACUUGAAGUCAUCUUCAUUUAUUUACAUUGCAAUUUUUAAACAUUCUUUUCUAAUUUUGUUUAAAUUUACAUAAAACUGUUUUUGGGGGAUUUAAAUUAUUGUCAUAACCAGGGGAAUAAUAAAGUUUGAGAAACUGUA